GCUCCUGUAGUUAAAAUUCAAAAUUUUACCGUUUCCGUCCUGGUUGUCCGUUGGAAAAUGCAUCGUCGUUGUAUAAUCUGUGGCCAGGAGCCGGGCGAGCAGUGCGUCUACCCGCGCAACAUGUCGGAGGCUCGCCGGUGGCAGAACUUGGCCAACCUCAGCAGUUUUGACGUCGACCCCGAAUCGCUAUGCCGGCACGGAUGCGUUUGCGCCUCCCAUUUGGAUGGCCACGGAUCAGGUUCGGAAUCGGAGAGCUCGUCUCGUGCUGCUGGCAGGGCAAGGACUCAAGCUGGCCUGCAGGAAUGGAGCAGGUGGAGCUCUUCGGCAUCGGACGCUGGCCAUGGCUAUUCCAUCAGCAAAAAGACUAACGAGCGGAUCCAGAACCAAAGCAAACAGAGUCUCGGCUCGGAGAGGCAGGAAUUCAGCAGCGCGAACAGAUGUACGAAUGGUUGCUGUCGUUUUCGAAACACCUGCAACAGCAUGUUCCAGGGCAAUACAUACACCCAAAUGGGACAGAAGUAUCCCAAUCCACAAACAAGGGCCACAAACUUAGAGAACAAAAAUAAUCCACCUAUGAAAUUAAGCCCAAGGGUAAAUAAACCGACCUUUGGAGCUGUAAACUGCACCUGUGAUGGAUGCACCUGUAGUUUCUGUCCAGUGCAAGGGAUCAAAAAAGCGGUAGCCCCUCUAGAAGAGGAUUCAGGCAGCCAACAAAGUAUAAAUAAAGAGUAUAAAGAAAGAAAGGAUAAUUCCAAAGGCAGCCCAAAAAAACAGAGUUCCUGUGAACGUCUCACUUGUCCAGCUUUCAGGACAACGGACAUAAAAACUGUAGCAGAUGAUUUCCGCAGUAGCCCGAACUACCCGGUAUCGCCAACUUCACGAGGUAACAACAAAAUUAAAAGUUCGAUGAACCAGCAGAAUACGAAGAAAAAGCCGGAGCUGAAGAGCGAAUGCUGCCAGACGUGCAUCACCCAGCAAUUGAAGGAUCAGGAAGUGCAGUGCUCAACGGUGACGCUGCAGACUCAGAGCUCUUCGCCUGUUAGGCGAACCAAGAUGACCGGCUCGUUCAGCCAUCAAACUGGAAGCUCAGCGACAGGUUUAUCUGGCGGAUACACCAAUAAUUCGAAUAACUUUACUUGUGGCGGCGGCGAGAGAAGAACUUCAAAUGCAAUCAACGUGCUGCUUAUGAACGGCACCCGGAAUAAUGACUAUGAAGAUGGGUGCUGCUCUCCGGCGAAGCAACGUCCCAUGGCGCCGCCUCCAGAGAUUUGCGUUCAAGAGUCCGAUCUGACCGAAAAUGAUGAGCGAGCUGUGUUCCCGGAAAUCGACAAGCCCAAUUACAGAGUUUGUCGAUCCUCGAACGAGACCAAUGUUCUGGUCCUGGAGGAGAGUCCUUUGAAUGAUUGCAGCCCCAACCCAGGGCAGGAUGCGAGUACACUAGAUAGCAAGACGAAGAGUAAUUUUGAUGCUCAACAAAACGCCAACGAUAAUAAAGAGCAACAUAAUAGUUUUCUAAUCAACUGGCUUGAGUCCCCGGCCACGAGUAACUUCACCAAGGUUCUGGAACUGCAGAGAUCUCGCAUCAAGGAGCUGGAGAAUCUGCUGGAGCAGCACAGCCUUCUGCAGCAGACAAUCCAGCACAAGGUUGCGGAGCUGCAGUGCACAGAUAUACCGGAUCCUAAAAAUAUAUCUAAAUCAUAAACCAAAUCUAGUGCGCAUAUCUCUGAAUAAAUUUUGUUGGUUUUC